UUCGUACUCGGUCGAUACAGUUGCGGGGGGCAGGUCGCGCAUGCGGCACUCUCUAUACCCAACAAUCAGGUGUAAAGCGACAUGGCUGAUAGCGAAUUUGAAGAAUUUCGCCGUGUUUUCGAUAGAUUACCCCAACAUAUAAAAGCUCCAACACCAUUUUAUUCAUUAGUGCCAAAUGUUGGCCUGGAAGAUGACUCCCCGUCGUCCAAGAGCGAGUGUUCGCCGGAAGAUGACACUAAGGAGGACAUGCAUCCAUGCAUGGUGGAUGGAAACGCUGCAACCACAGUAAAAGAGGAAAUAGCAUCAACCCCUUCACAGCCAGAUGUCACAGAAACGCAGCGGAGCCCACAGCAUUACGCAUUCACGAACGGCGAACGCAAACGAAGAAAGCUGCCAGAGAUUCCUAAGAACAGGAAAUCAAAAAUUCUAGCAUGCAGUCAGCCAACGUCGCUGGCAGACGAGCUCGGUCAAGUUACCGGGGUGCUGGUCAGGCCUGGCUGUCAUACAAGACCACUGCUGGUCCUAAAAUGCGGCUACCUACUGGAUGAAGAUUCUAGCCCGGACUCGGAGAGAUUGCAAAGCCUUGGAGAUGUAGACAGUGGACAUAGCACUGCGCAUUCGCCGAUCGAUACAGGACCCAAGAGUAUAUCGCCGACUCCGCUACAGCAAAAUGUAUCUCCAGCCUCAAGUUGCAGCAUUAGCGGGCUCAAUUUUGCUGGAAACAUGACAAAUAUUCCUCACAGUCAACUAGAAAUGCUUGAAGCUACGCACAGAGGCCUACACAAGUUCAACCCUAGACAUCACGAUGAAAUCGAAGUGGAAAUUGGCGACCCCAUAUAUGUGCAGAAAGAAGCUGAAGAUUUAUGGUGUGAAGGUGUCAACUUAAGGACAGGGCAGCAAGGGAUCUUCCCGUCAGCUUACGCCGUAGAUAUGGACUACAAUGACUUCGACCCUGCUAACGCUAAGGACAAAAAGGAACGAUACCUGCUAGCGUACAUGGGGUCUGUGGAGACUUCAGCUCAUAAAGGAACGGGGGUUGUCUGCCAGGCAGUGAGGAAGAUAGUUUCGGAAUGCAAUGCGGAGCCUACAAUGCAGCCAUGUAUUUUAGAAGUAUCAGAUCACGGGCUCCGUAUGGUGGACCGAUCAAAACCCGCGAGAAAUCGAAACGGGCCAUGUAUCGACUACUUCUACUCCCUAAAGAAUGUUUCGUUCUGUGCGUUUCACCCUCGAGACCACAGGUACUUGGGUUUUAUCACGAAACACCCGACGCUGCAGAGGUUCGCGUGUCAUGUCUUCAGAGGUCAGGAAUCCACGAGGCCCGUAGCUGAAGCUGUGGGGAGAGCGUUCCACAGGUUCUACCAAACCUUUAUAGAGACAGCGUAUCCAAUUGAAGACAUUUAUAUAGAAUAGAUAAUUAAGCAAAACUAAUAAUAAUACCAUCGACGUAUUACAUUAGCUUACUUCAGCCACAGGCAUUGAAGAAAAUCUAGGUUUAGAUUGACUUCCAUUUCAAGCCGCGUAUAGUUUACAUACUAAUAGCAAUAUUUUAAAUUUUGGCUGCAGGCGAUAUCGUUUAUGGUAUCAAUAAAAUAGUUUGUUGUAAUAUUUUUACAAUUAAUUUCUAUAAAUCUCGUUGUUAAUCGCUGUUUGCAUGUCGCCUCUAGAAUAGAUUGAGAGCUAUCGACUAGAAUAAUGUAUUUGGAACUUUAUGCUAAACGGUGAAUGUUUGACAAAAUACCGGAUCUAUUGAAUUUAUUUUCAUUUAAAUACCUAAUGUUUAGAUAAAAUAUAAUCAUACUUUCUCUAUGAUUUCUACUAAUUUGUUUAUUUGAAUAAUUAAAUAGAAUUUUAGGUUUGUAGCUCUCACUCCAUUCAUUUGAUUAUGACAUUAUCGUAUGAACAAUUUUCGAUUGCUUUGUGAGCAUAUGUUAUGGACUUAGAUUUGUAUAAAAAAGAAUCAUUCCAAUAUAUUCUUGACCCUGACUACUCGUAACAAAUUAAACUUCUUAAUUUUAAAGUAAUAUUUUAGUACUUAGAAUACUUUAAUUAGGGUAGACAGUAGUCACGUUUUCAAGUCGACUUGCACUUGGUGACAAGUGUAGUGACUUAUGCACAUGAACUGUGGGAUGCGUGAACGAUAAUAUAAUUACUAUAAAUAGCCUUUAUUUACCGUUUUAUACACAAAACAUGAGAUAAGUAGAACUUAUUUUGCGGAUAUCAUCUUAUUUAUGAACAUAUUAUUGGAAAAUUCUAUGCGUUAUUUGUCCUAAAAUUACCUAAAUACCUAUAAAUAAAGAAAAAUACACAUAUCACUUGAAAUGUAAAUCUAAAAGUAAUGUUAUUUCUAUAUUUCUUUAAUAAAUGAAGGUUUAUUGUUGUACAGAUGAAUAUCCGCAUAUACUUAACAUUUGUAAGUGCAUGUCUCGACAUAGACAGAGGAAGUGAGAAUAUGGUGGUCAUAGCAAACGUGCAUCACAUACGUAAAUAUUGCUUGCAGCUGCCAGCUACUGGGACGAGAAUAUAUUAACAACUCAUUACCAACUAAUACGAGUACUGAACCAGCCUUACAUUAAUCAGUAUUACUAAUUAAAGGUCUUCGUAGAAUAAGUUUUACGUGCCUUCAACACUUGAAUAAAUCAAGUACAAUAGUAUUGUGUAUAAAACUGUGUAGAUAAGCUACAAUUCUGCAUUGUGACUGAUAACUAUUAACAAAUAUACACAUGCGUAGAUAGAUAUGUUACGAACAACAAAAGUACUUACUGGUAAUAUUUUAAUUCAAAUGAAGUGAUAUGAAUGAAGAAGCUAACAAACGAUUUCGAUUAAUGCAAGUUACGCCGAUUAAAGAAGGCUUAAGUCGAUUUGGUACUAAAAAUCGUUCUAAGAGUAUUUAUUUUGCUAAUAAAACUUAUAUUCAUAUCAAUAAAAUAUGAAAUUUCAAUCAUUAGUUAUAAUCUAUUCUCAACCACUGUGAUAUAAACAGUUGAUUUUUUAUGUACGUAGUUAUAAAAGUGUCUGAGACUCAGCCCCUUCAGUAAAGGUAGUGUGAAUGAAUGAUAAUUUGUAUACUUCCUUACCUUAAGUAUUACUAUCAAUAUGCUUAAUGGAAUGUGUCUAUAUAACGUUUGUAGCUAUUUAUAUCGUUAAGUAAUGAACAGAUAUUGAGCACUACAGCAACAAUUCCUUGGUCAGCUUAGGUAGGUUACCUGUUGAUAGGAUAGCCAUUGCUAAUGCAAUGUUGUCUAAUAUUUCGCUACAUACACGUUAUCACAUGUACUUCAGCCGUUGUUACACAGCGCUAUAGUUUGAAUUGUAAAUAAUUUUAACAAGGAAUCGUUCACAUUGCGCUGCUAGAUAAUAAAUCCUUUCUUGCAAAUAAAUUAAUAAACUUCGCAUAUACAAAUUCAGUUGUUAAUCAUUUGAAUUAUUUGACGAGCAUGCAACAGUGAUGUUUAGUUUAAUUUAAGCCAUUUUAAUAAUAAUAUUAUGUGGGUUUUUAUAAAUCUAUGUUAUACUUCGUACAUUCGCUAAUAAGGUAAAGCUGUGGUUGAUCUUUAAUUAUACAUAAGAACUAAACCUGCUGUAAGCUUUUAAAAUGUAGUACUAAUAACUCGUAGCCUGUUAAUACGAUUUAAAUAAUGCAUCAUGAAAUCUUUUAUAAAUGUGCAACACUUAUUUAUUCAUAAUUAUUUACAAUCGACUUGAAUCCGCCUAAUAAUUACAAAUUUUAUUUCCUAAUCAAAAAUUAAACUAUUGAAUGAUGACAUUUUAAUUUAGGUAUUCAAUACAAAGGUUGUAUUAGACAUUUAUUUUAGUUUUUUUAUUGUUAUUCAUAAUACAAUGUCUCACAUUGUCACCACAGAUGGGCCACCAGCCAAAACCAUAAAAGACCACUUAAAAAGUUAGGAUGCUAGGUACCUGAAAGGUAACUUAAGGACGCUAGACGCUACUCGUGGUCGUUGGUGGCUGCUUUUUUUGAUGGAAACUCGCAGAUAGCAUGCUUGAAUUUAUUGUGUGUGGCUUUGAAAAUGUACAAUAACUGAAGGGCUAUUGACGGCGUUUUGUGACAGCAGCCGGUGGCUCGUCUGCGGCGGCACUAUUAUUGUAAUCAAUUUUAUAAGAGUUAUCGGUAAGGAACAUGUUUGGAAAUGAUCUCGGUUGUAAUGUGAACGUAAUCCACGACUUGUAAAUAAUUUAUAAUCAGCAAAUGGCAAUCGUAUUCAACAAAGCUGGACGAAGCUGUGACUCAAACAUAAACAAAAAAAUUAUAUUUAUUUUUCCAAUAAAUGUCAUAGCGUAUUUGAUAUAUCGUGUAAGGCAUGAAAUAAUAAUAAAUAUUAUUUGGGACUGAU